AUGUCCUUGAGCAAGGAUGAAUUUCGGGAAAUUUGCUAUACAAUCGCCGGUCCAAAGACAACAAUCGAUAAGGGCACAUUGUACUCGGCGAUAUGCUGCGCAGGAAAAUCUGUGAUUAGAGCUCAUCUGGAUAAUUUAUGGCCCAGUGACAAGAAAGAAAUUGAUCACAACCACGCGUAUCGGAUUUUUGAACGUCUUGAGGACCUCGUUGUUGACGAGAGUGACAUGGAGAAAAUACGUGAACAAGGAAUUCGAGUCACUGUUGAUCAAGUACUGAACCAUGUGGAAGAACGGUCAAUUCAUGAUGUUUGUGCUGUGAUUGUUGACCGACCGGGGGCAGAGGAUCGGCGAGAAUCCAUUCGAUCGUGUUUAGCGCCAUUCACAAAAGACGGGUACAUCGAGUUAGAAGAGUUUAUUCAAGCAGUGCAGACCACAAAACACGAAACGCUUGCGCUGCUCCUACGACUUCAGCAACCAUGUGGAAGCACAACCGUCGAUGUGGAAGGGACUGGGACUGGAGAGACGUCGGCAAAGAAGGCUGAGUUACAGCAAAAACCGACUUUUCGUGGAGUACUGUUCACAAAUCCAUUGCGAGUGGUCAAACAUGUACUGGAUGGUGAAGGUCCUUGCCGUAUCACUUUGAAGGUUGAGUGGAACUCCGAUAUGGGAACUAAUGAAUUUGUGAACGACGUUUUCGGUAUGGUUAUGGAUUCUAGCGGAAGAGCUGUAGCUGUCACCAGCAGACUUCUGAACGAGAACUACCAAACAGACGAAUUCCGUCUUGAGCCUGGUUUCACUGUCAUAGUAAUGGGACUAGGGACAAACACAAAGAUUACGAGCAAAAAGAAGCAAAGAGCCGAGUUGACGUCGCAAGACCGUCUCUCAAAACGAUUCAAGAUGUCUUUGAUGAAUAUUUUCGACAUGUUCGAUUUCGACUGUGACGGACUUCUGUCUAGAAACGAAUAUGCCGCGUUCACCAUCGCAACGGCUGAUACACCACCGGACGAUGAGGCAUGCACCAUAUCUUUCUAG